AUGAAAUUCGUUGCCGUUCUUCUGAUGUGCAUCCUCACCAUUGCGAUGGUGGUGGCAUUUCCUGAUAACCACGAUGCAGAUGCUGCUGUGCCAACUGGUGGCCAGCAUGCUCUUGCACUGGCCAGUCCGGCAGAUGAGGGAUCCGCGGAUGAAUCGCCAUCAGCAGACCAGGACUCUAACAGCAUUCGCCGGCCUCGUCAUCUUCUGAGCAAACUCCUGUACCCGAAGCCCGUGGUCCUGCAGCCCAUUAUUGUGAGCCCAGGAGCGUAUCCCAGGCAGUAUCCUGGAGCAUAUCCUGGAUACGGGGCACCCUAUCCGUACUACAACGAGGGCAGAUCUGGCAAAUAUUGGUAG